AUGGGGGGAUUAGUUUAUAAUAAAAAGGUGGCUAAAUUAAUUAAAAAUCUGGAAAUGGCUAAUCCUGGUGUAAACAUCAAAAAAAUUUUUCCAAAACUAACUCAAAAAAGAGACGAGGAAAUGACACGUCAAGAAAAACAAAAUCUAAGAAGAAAGCUCCAAAAAACAGUCAAAGCAUUUGGAAAAAAGGGAUUAAACAUAAAUGGUUUAAUUUAA